AUGUGCAAGCUUUUCCCACUAUUCAUGUCCUUUGUCGCCUUGCAAUGGACCGCUGCAGAACCAACGCUAGUACCGACCGGUAAUCACACCCAAGAUGACGCUCUCUACAAGUCCGCUCAUGCCCCGCAUCCGAAGAUCGACGAGUCUGACACGCCAAGAAUCUUGGGACCACGCAACCCGGCGGGAUCGGAGGACGACCACGUCCACCUGAACAGCGAGGAGAGAAUUAGCUUGUCGACGCUGUUCGAAUUAGACGAUAUCAAGUCUCUCGCGAGCAGGGUUGGGAAAUUCUCCCCCCCAGGACGCGAUAUCUAUCCGGCAGGCGCUCAGAUGGACUCCGAGGCGCUUCCUGAGGAUCUCAAAACAUCGAUGUCAUGCCUUCAAUCGCUAGUGGAUCGCUAUUCUCUAACGGUAGGGACCCAUACCUCCAAUGCUGCCGUCAAGGAUCCAGAGUAUAGCUACAAAAGCUUGGUAAAAGCCGUUGCGACCUUGGUUCGCUACCGUGACGUCGAUGGUACGAAUGAAAUUACCCACAGCAUGCUGAGAGCGCUAGCCGUGAGAAACGACAACGCCGGAGCUUUGAUGAGGAAUGCGUGUCAAGAUGCUGGAGUAAGCCCUGAAGAAUUCUUCUAUAUGCUGCCCAUCUCCGAGGACCUCAAAGAGCGCGGCUUUAAAGAGCCGGCGGCGUAUCCUGUGAUCUUCUAUAACCUCGAGCAUUGGCUCAUUUAUGUGCACUACACCAACGUCCGACGAUUGAGGAAGGCUCUCCACACGGCUAAGGUGGGAAAGCUUUCGUUCGUGGACAACCGCUUUGAACCCGAAUCAUUUUUUGUCGACACUUUGGUGAAGGAAGGCAAAGCAGAAAACGUGGGGGCUUUUUUGGAAUAUCUCCGCGGGAUAACGGUGAGUGCGGACUUCGCACGUGUGGCAGCUCGACAUUUGCUGGCCGACCACCCAGACGUGGCUGAGACGAUGAUGCUGACGUGGGCAAGUAAAGACUUAGGAGAAUCUAUAGCGCACAGCUGGAACCCUUGGGGAAAGGAUCUAAGAUCUGACUGA